GGUUGGUGGUGUGGUCAGCGGGAUCGGGAGAGCACGAAAUGGUCGUCUGCUGCAGAAGUGUAUUUGAAGACGAUGCCGGGAGCUCAAGUUUGUGUUUCGGAAAUGUCUCCAACUUUCUAAAGUUAGACUCACUGACAUGUGGUAUUUUCUCCUCCUGACUGAGUCUGGUUUGAACGUGAAAGGGUACAACGGAAGUGUCAGUGGAAAGACGUUCUUCUUAAUUUUUAGUAGAGAAUAAUUAUGCGAAUACCAACAAAGUGACUGACUCACAAAAACCAUCAAAAACUGAGGCGGUCCUCGUCACGGCAAAUUCACCACGGCCCGGCCCAGUCGUGUUGAAGACGCGGGGCGACUAGUCGAAGUCUCAAGGCGUCCCUACUCGGAAGCAGACGAGAGGCCUGCGGGACAGGUCGGUGUACGACUCGCCCCCACAAUAAUCUCCCCCUCUGCUGGUGCACCUAGCCGGAUGAACUUCCUUCUUCUGCUCUGUCAUAUUAAUAGUUGAUUCUUAGGUUAGGGUUAGUUUUUUCUUUCUCAUUCACCAGGAUGCGGGAAGAGCUAAAUUGAACUUUGUGAUUGAUUGAUUUGAAUGAAGUGGGAAGCAACGAAACAACACUUUGUCGACUUGAGCUUCCGUGUUGUCAUUUUUCCCAUUGCUGCAUGUACUGCACUGUCACUUGGGACAAAACACAAGAUUUAAAAAAGCAUAUGGAACUUUGUGGGCCCAGUCCACCUUCUAAGCUACCAAGACUGGAUAAUCUUCAUGCCUGCGAGUCAGCUACGCCACCCUGUCCUCCCUGACCCAAAAGUGCAGCCCAGGAACGUGGUAUCGCCCAUGCGUCUACAGUCAUCAGACAUUAUCAGAGUAUGACGGCCCCUACUGCUCUAAACACUCCUGCAACAUCCUCAUCUUCGUCAACCAUCAGGGAUCUGAUCAACGUUCAUCUGAACGUAAACGACGCCAGUGCCCUACUGACUGGGACCAGGACAAUGACGACCAAACCUCUGGAUCUCUCAAUCGAUGGCUCCCUGGUGCUGGACACUCACUCUCUCCUCGGAGCUAGCAUCAGCAGCAGCCAUGGUGUGCCCAACAGCAGCGGGGAUUCCGUUAAUAAUGCCAUCGCUCAAUUUAAUACCUCCACGCACCACAUCAACAACUCCUCGGCAUCGCAACAGUCGCAGUACAGCUCCAUAUUCCCCGUAGAUGACCGGGACAACCCACACCCCUUCAACGCCGUCACGGUACCCCUAGAGAGCAACCUACGCCCAAACGAGACCCACCUCGCCCGCCACUCCUGCAAGUGGAACACGUGCGGACAGAAGUUUGUUGAGAUGGAGGAUCUAGUGAAUCAUGUCAAUGAGAGGCAUGUGCUUCUGGUGGAAGGAGAGUACUGCUGCAAAUGGGAAGGGUGUAGUCGGAAAGGAAAAGGCUUCAAUGCAAGGUAUAAGAUGUUGAUCCAUGUCAGAACGCAUACAAACGAAAAACCACAUCAGUGUCCAAUAUGUCACAAGUCCUUCUCCAGGUUAGAAAACCUCAAGAUACACAACAGAUCACAUACAGGUGAAAGGCCGUAUGUGUGUCCCGUUGCCGGCUGUAACAAGCGGUACUCGAACUCCAGUGAUCGCUUCAAGCACACACGCACCCACCUAGAGGAGAAGCCCUACUUCUGUAAAGUCGCCGGCUGCGAUAAGCGUUACACAGACCCCAGCUCCCUACGGAAGCACGUCAAGACGUUUGGGCAUUACGCCAACCGUGACCACCUUAAUCAUUACAUAUCGCAGAAGCCAUCCACGACAUCCCCACCGCCAGCCAGGCCCAGCCCACGCAUCUCACCGUCGAAGCCCUCGCCCUCCCCCAUCCCGAUCAUCCCAGGUCUGACACAGUCGCCCCCAACGAGUAACGUAUCAGGGCUACCUGAGGGGGUGAUCGUUUACCCGAUCCUUGUACACUCCCCGUCGCUGCAACCUCACUACAGCUAUGUCACGCUCCCGGGACACCUGUCGGACUUUUCCGGGAAUACCUCGGCGACAUUCUCCAUGGCCAGUUUGCAUAACAAUGAGACCACCAAGGACGGGGAAAGGUCGCAGAGGUUUGGCUUGAAUCAAGACGGGCUGUCGAUACAUGAUGUGUCGAUGGAAUGCAAAAGUGAAAGCAGUUAGAUGUGAAAUUGGUACUUUUCUUGCGAAUUCUUUUAGAAACUAAGAAAAAUGUAUGAUAUUGAGUCUUCCUCUGAUGGGACCAGCUUUGUUUAGGUCCCUAUUUUCAAAAUCCUUAUAAAUGUGGUGGUAAUGUAUGUAGAUCACCAUUUUCUUGUCAUAAUACUACUCGUAUUUAUAAAACACACUUUAAGUCAUUUUAUGAAAAAAUGCCUGACUUCACGAGGCAGGACGGCCACUCCAAGGUGAGGGCUGCCACCCUAAUCAAAUGACACCAAGGGCACGUUGCCACCUGCUCCGGGGGCUGAAACAAGGCUACCCCUUUCACAGUCACCAAGGACGUAGCAUCCCAACUUUUGACAGAGCAAUUAUGGUUAAUAAGUGCCUUGCUCAAGGGCACAAGUUUGAUGACUGGGAUUUGAACCCACAUUCAGCUGCUGAUAAGACCAGAGCUUGGGUCCGGUGGUGUACCCAGUGUACGUCGUUUUGUUCUUAUCCACUGCAUGCAAAGCAGAAAGCAUCACUCAUUUAUAAACAUACGAGCAAUCGUUAUUGUUUGCACUUUGCCUCAAGAAUAGAUUCAGUUUCUGUCUGGUCAGUGAAAUUGUUGACUUGAAAUUUGAAACUUUGAUUCUCAAAUUUGACCUUUGACCUUUUUAAAGUUUGAUCUUUGCAUUUUGAGUUCUUGCGCCCGUAUUCCAGAGGAAAAACAGCAAUUGAUGGGAUUAGUUGUAUUGCAGACUUCUUAUACCAUUUAACUCACUGGACACCUUUGGUAAUUGUCAUAAACCAGUCUUCUCACUUGGUGUAUCUCAACAUAAAGCAACAAAUCUGU